GUGGAAUGGUAUGCUGUCGUGCUGCGUGCAGCGCGGCGAGGUGGAGACCGCCGAGGCGCUGCUGAGGGACACGCUGCCGGAGAGAAGCCCGGUGAGCUGGAGCACUGUGGUGUGUGGGUAUGCACAGAGCCGUGACGCGCGGCACGGCGCGGAUGCCAGCCGCGUCAUGGGCUUCAUGCCGGCGUGGACGCUUGUGUGCUGCAACGUGAUGAUCUCCUCGCUAGCACAACGAGGAAAGCUAGAUGAUGCUCGAGAAAUCUUCCACGGGCUUCCAGCGAGUGAGAGAGACGUAGUGUCAUGGACUGCCCUCUUCCAUGCUUGUGCUCUCAACAAUCGUCUUGACGAAGCCGCACUCGUCUUCUUCCGCGACAUGCCCGACAAGAACCACGUCUCGUGGAAUGCCAUGGCAGCAGCGUAUGCCCGAGCAGGGCAUACCGCCGAAGCCAAAGCCGUGCUCGAGCAAAUGCCGUGCCACGACGUUGUAGCUCUAACUGUCAUCUUUCACCUCGCCGUCCAGAGCGGCCGCUUGGAACACGCUCGGAGCUUGUUCGACAACGUUGUGCCGGAGAAGGAUCUGGUGGCUUGGAAUGCAAUGAUCGGGGCGUAUGCCCAGAACGGGCAAGGUGACGAGGCACUGCUGCUCUACCGCGAAAUGCACAUCCAAGGCAUGGAUCCAGACGACGUGACAAUGUCGAGCAUUCUGGCAGCACACAGCCGACUCGGCCAAGUCGAGCAAGGGAGAAGCCACUUCGUUGCCAUGCCGAUGGAUCACGGGAUCACGCCAUCGGAGGAGCACUACGCGUGCAUGGUGGACGCACUGGGACGUUCCGGGCAGCUGGUAGCGGCAGAGGAACUCCUCGCCACCUUUCCGUUCCAUCCCAGCUACGUUGCAUGGGGGAGCUUUCUUGCGGGUUGCCGGAUCAAUCAGGACGUCGCGCGUGGGGAACGAGCUGCACAGAUCGCUGCGGUAUUGGAUCCCAGCAAGUGUGCACCUUAUGUGCUCCUUUCACAAUCGCCGAGAGAGCUGUGAAGCUCAAGAGAAAAUGCUCCUGGUAAGCUCUACUCGCUUCCCUUGCUACUGUAAGAAUGCGAAAUCCACUCGCUGGCUACAGGUGCUCGGGAAAACGCUCCAUGCGCGGCCCACCAAAGCAAAACUUUGAAGGCUUUUGGUCAGCCUCUCGGAGUGUCACGGGUUGCGCUGCCUCCACAUCUACGCCUGGCACCCUGCGAGCUAUGGCUCUCCACAACCUCCUCUACUGCGUUAUCUUCAUCACAGUCUUGGACGUCUCUGCCGUCCAGCAGCUCCUCGACGAGUGUCCUUGCUCAUCUUCUUCUGCGAGGGAGCAUGGUGGUGUGGGAGGAAUCACACGUAAAGCUUCUCAAGAGUCGCAGCCUCGACUGGUUGGAGAUUCAUCGCCAUCCAUGGAUAUGCCCAAUCUCCAGUGACUCGUUGUCAGCUUGCGGCUGUGCGUGGAGUUGUGGCCUUUUAUGUGCAACGUCGAUUAAUUGCGGUUGCAGGCACUAAACGUGAAUGAGUGGAGUGUUCAUCUAGGAGUGUUCCUGCUGCAUUUGAGGAGCUCUUGCAAAGUUUUCCUGGUUGCAACAAAGUACACAGGGGAUGCUAUGGCGCAUCCUGGAAGCUAGCUAGAGUUAAGUUUGAGGCUCCAGACACAGCAAUCCAGCACUGGUGCAAACUCAUGCCUCCGCGUCAAAAGAUGCACUUGGCAGUGACCAAAAAUGUAAGUACACUUUUCGCAUUGUUCA